AACAGCCAACACCUCACCAUGUUCGAGACCUUGUACGGAAAGAAGGCUGCCGCCCUUUACACUCAGGCUGGUGACUACCAGAAGACUGCUCGCUUCUACUACAAGAAGGCCGAGGACACCUACUACCAGGCCAACAACUGGGCUGCCUACGACGACUGGAGGCGCGCUCGCGACCAGUGGGACUACUUCUACUCCCGCAACCGGUAAAUGCAUUGCGGGACAAAAGACAGUAAACCUUCUCCUGGUUGCGAUCCUUUUUAGUUCCAGGGAGGAAAGUAAGAUAACUUGUGGAUAUUUAUUACCAGAGAUC